AUGGAGUCUUGGAAAAAGGGCACUGAUUACUGCUCAUGGGAUGGGGUUACUUGUGAUAGGGUGAAGGGAAACCUGAUUGGCUUUGACCUCAGUUGUAGCUGGCUUCAAGGCACCAUCUUUCUUCUCUCUCACUUGCAAUAUCUCAACCUUGCUUUCAAUGACUUUGAUUUUUCAUUGAUUUCAUCUGGGUUUGGUCAAUUUACUAGGUUGAGAUAUCUUAACCUUUCAGGUUGUGUGUUUUCUGGCCAAGUCCCACUUCGUUUAUUGCACCUCUCCCUAUUGGCCUCACUAUAUCUCUCUCAAAAUCAUUUUGUUAGUCUCGAAACAUUUGUUGUUAGAAGGCUUGCUAAAAAUUUGAAGAUGCUAAGAGAACUUCAUCUUGAUUUGGUUGACAUGUCUUCUGUUUCACUUAGGUCUUUGAUGAAUUUUUCUUCUUCAUUGACAACACCUAGUCUCUUUAACUGUGAAUUGCAAGGGACAUUACCAGUUGAUAUUUUUCGCCUACCAAACCUACUUACGCUCACUUUAACAUCUAAUAUUGAACUCAGAGGGAAUUUGGGAUUACAUCAAUUCAAUUUUAAUGGCCCAAUAAUUGCAUCACUCGGUAACCUUACACAACUCACUGAUUUGGAUUUAUCUGACAACCAUUUUAGCGGUGAGAUACCAUCAUCACUUUCAAACCUCAAGAUGCUCUUAUACUUGGGUCUAGAAUAUAACAAUCUCAAUGGUUCAAUUCCCUCAUCAAUUGGGAACCUCACGAAAGUUACUCAAAUUUUCCUCCGAUCUAACUACUUCACCGGUCAAAUUCCAUCACUUUCAGAGCUAAAGGAUCUCAAUCUUAUUGACCUAAGAUUCAACAACCUUAGAGAUAGAAUUCCUAAUUUUUUGACCAACCUCACAAGACUCACCAAAGUUUACUUGUCUUAUAACCAACUCACUAGUCAAAUUGAUGAAUUCCAAAAGCUUGAUAUUUCAUCAAAUGACUUGAGUGGCAUUGUGGAAUUUGAUUAG